CGUAAAAGUGAUACCUAACCCCCAAAUUAUAUUUUUAAAAGGUUAAACCUCAAAUCAAAUUGAUAUUAAUAGUGAUUCUUAAUAAAUGACAAGUAAAAAAUGAUAAAAUUAAUAAAUAAUUCGUCAUUAAUAUUAAACAAUGUGAUAAGCCAAGUAGGUAUUGUAAGGCAUUUAAGUAAAUUUGUCGGCUUCGAAGGUAAAGUAUAUGAAUAUUUACAACCAAGAAGUAUUAUUAAGCCACCAUAUCAUCAUGUUUGUCAAAUUGGCGAUCCUGUUUUACGUUUGGCUGCUGAACCGAUUGAACUGGAAAUUAUCAAAACCGCGGAAUUCAAAAAAUUUGUUGACCAUUUAGUAAAAGUAAUGCGCACUUAUGAUGGAUUUGGAAUGUCCGCCCCGCAAAUAGGAGUUUCUUCACAGAUAUUCGUAAUAGAGACAACAAAAAAACAGUACAAUGAAAUGAUCUUAGAGAAAACCGCGGGUCAACCAGUUGAAGAAGUGCCGCUCACUGUUUUCAUAAAUCCUACGGUUAAAGUAACCGAUUUUGCAAUUACCCAGUACCCUGAGUGCUGUGCGAGUAUUUGCGGACUGAUGGCUAAUGUACCCAGGGCCAAAGGCAUCCAAAUAAAGGCCUUAGAUAUCAAUGGGGAUCCGUUCACUUGGGAUGCAGCCGGCUGGCCUGCCAAAAUUGCGCAGCAUGAAUUUGACCAUCUGCAGGGUAAAUUGUAUACUGAUAUAAUGGACCGUAAAUCAUUGAGCUGCACUGUCUGGGAAGCUGUAAAUCGACGGGCGGGAAAAAUUUCUAUCGAUUAUUACCCGGUUACGAGAAGUAAAUUAAGACGUUUUUUUUUCACAUAAGUAAUUUUUAUCUUAUUAAUAAUUUAUCAAUAAAUAAUUAAAUUUAAUUAUACAUUAAUUUU